AUGUCUUGGAAACAUCCGUUCAAUUCCCAGCUCCAACUGGUUCACGACUGCCCACCCCAACCUCAGAACAUGCGACACCCCCGUCGGAUGUGGGGGGCAGUGGCUAUAGUGAUACUCAUCACAAAUUUGUCACCAGCGAUAUGUGUAAGCAGGCGCUGUGAUCCCAACCAGUGUGCCCAAGCAUUCAUCGAGGCAACCUUCCGCUUAUGCCUCCAACAGAAAACAUGCGCUGAAUGUCAUUUGGCACGCCCAAAUUGGUUGUGCACGACGGUGAUAGCUGGGGUGAUUCCACGCUGCCCGGAGCACCUCGAGCCUCAGAACUUCAUUCCACACGCAGUGUGCGAUCAAUCUCAACAUGUGUUCCAGACCUGUAGUGAGCAUUCAAGGCAUCAAGCUUGA